GACGUGUCUCGUGCUUUUCUGAGGGAACUAAACUGGCUGAGGUGUUUUUCGAAAGGGGGGCGGAGAAAGAAGCGGGUCAUGAAUAUUCAGGAGUGGGCGAUGAAAGAAGGCUCGUGAAUAUUCAUGAGGAGGCAGAGAAAAAAAAAAAGGCUUUGGUCGCCAGAGCCCUUGUGCUUUGGCCCGGGAUGGCAGCAGCCAUGGCACUCUCUGCGCGACGCUGCGCCUGGAUGCUCCACAAAGGCGUGCGGCGGCUGCACACAGUGUAUCAAGCGGUAGACCUGCCAGAGACCCACCUGAUGCUGCGCCAGACCUGCCGAGACUUUGCCGAAAAGGAGCUGGCUCCCAUUGCGGCCCAGCUGGAUCGGGAGCACCGCUUCCCAGCCGAACAGGUGAAGAAGAUGGGGAGUUUGGGGCUCCUGGCGAUGGAUGUCCCGGAGACAUAUGGAGGAGCUGGGCUUGAUUACUUGGCCUAUUCCAUCGCUGUGGAAGAGAUCAGCCGAGGCUGUGCCUCCACCGGUGUCAUCAUGAGUGUCAACAAUACCCUCUAUUUAGGACCGGUGUUGAAGUAUGGGUCUGAAGAACAGAAGCACAAGUGGAUCACUCCCUUCACUAAUGGGGACAAAAUUGGAUGCUUUGCCCUCAGUGAACCAGGCAAUGGCAGCGACGCAGGAGCGGCUUCCACGGUGGCACGGCUUGUUGGCGACGAAUGGGUCUUGAACGGGACCAAAGCCUGGAUCACCAACGCCUGGGAUGCUGCUGCGACGGUUGUGUUUGCCACUACGGACAAGGGCCUGAAACACAAGGGCAUCAGUGCCUUCCUUGUGCCCAUGCCAACCCCCGGCUUGUCUCUGGGAAAGAAGGAAGACAAGAUGGGCAUCAGAGCCUCCUCCACGGCUAACCUGAUCUUUGAAGACUGCCGCAUCCCCAAGGACAACCUCCUGGGAGAGGAAGGCAUGGGCUUCAAGAUUGCUAUGCAAACCCUGGACUCUGGUCGGAUUGGCAUUGCCUCCCAGGCCUUAGGAAUAGCCCAGGCAGCGCUGGACUGUGCGGUGGAUUACGCCGAGAAGAGGAUGGCCUUUGGAGCGCCCAUCACCAAGUUCCAGGCAAUUCAGUUUAAGCUGGCCGAUAUGGCCCUGGCCCUGGAGAGUGCCCGCCUGCUGACCUGGAGGGCGGCCAUGUUGAAGGACAACGGGAAGUCCUACACCAAGGAAGCGGCCAUGGCCAAGCUGUCUGCCUCCGAAGCGGCCACUUCCAUUUCUCACCAGGCGAUCCAGAUCCUGGGUGGGAUGGGCUACGUGACCGAGAUGCCCGCAGAGCGCCACUACCGGGACGCCCGGAUCACCGAGAUCUACGAAGGAACCAGCGAGAUCCAGAGGUUGGUCAUUGCAGGGCAGCUGCUGAAGGCGUAUCGAGGUUGAACCGGAGACUCCUCUUCUCUGCCGGUUUGUGCAAGAAGCAAGAGGGACUCUGGCUCAGAGACCCUUGGGCGCCUGACCAAGUCCAGUGGCCAAAGCUGUGGCAGAGCAGACAUACCUUGUGCUCACUCAAGAAGAAAGUUACCAGUCCACCAGCGGGAGCCCCCAGCAGGUGAUCUCAGGUAAACUGGCACGACGACACACGCCCAACAGCCAGAGAGAGGGGAGACUGGCCCUGCAGGGCGGGCACCAUUGCCUGGUCAGUCACAGCCAUGUUCCUCCUGGGCUGCCUUUGUACAAGUGCCUUAGCCCAUCCAAUGCAGAAUACACUACCCCAUGUUUGAUUCUA